UUUUGCGGUAAGGCGAGCUCGGAACGCGCGUUAAGUGGCAUAACAAUUAAUGUGACUUUAUUCUGAAUAUUCGAGAUGGAAUCAAAACUGAAAAAUUUCAAGGACUCAUUAACAUUACAAGAAUGUGAGAAAACUAAUUUAACAACACCCUUCUCGAUAAAUGACAUACUAACAAAAGAGAACGAAGCGAGGUGCGAUUUUGAAAAUGGAAUGUAUUGUCAAGAUGCGGAUUUUGGCGGGAAGAUCAACUUUUUGGGCAAAAUGACUAGUUGCUAUAACAAAGAAGAAAGUUUUCCAAAGAGAGAAGUUUCAGAUAAAAGUAUAAAAUACUAUGACAAUUGCAAUAACUAUAGGGAUUAUGGUGACGACGGUGCUUUGGACAUGACCAGAAAAAAUAAUUAUGCAGUCACAGAAUUGUCGGAUGACUACGACUCUCGUUCAUCCAACACCGGUUCACCAAUCCGACGCAAUUCACCCAGUUCCGACAUCGGCUACAAGCCUUUCAGUCUUCACUACGAACCUCGCAAAUGCUCCACUCCACCACCUUCAACCGACUCAAGGAUCUCAAACUCUCCAAACUUCACCAUAAACGAGUACACACAAAAUGGCGGACGAAAGAAACGAUCAAGGGCUGCCUUCUCUCACGCUCAAGUAUACGAAUUAGAAAGAAGAUUUAGCCAACAAAGGUACUUAUCAGGUCCCGAACGGGCUGACCUAGCUGUAAGCUUGAAACUUACAGAAACACAGGUCAAGAUUUGGUUUCAGAAUCGCAGAUACAAAACAAAGAGAAAGCAGCUGCAGAUGCAAGAAAACGGAAUGUUGGCGGCGGCAGCAGCGGCGGCAAACCAUGCUAGGAAAGUGGCUGUAAAAGUACUAGUCAAUAACAAUGGCCAACCCGCUCUGCCAGAUAUGAAGUCUUACCAAACACCGAUUUUAGGUAAAACGCUCAAUCCGGCGCUAUUUGCUCCACCUUUACUAGAAGGAUCACCAAUACUGAAACAUUUUGCAGGCGUUUAUGGUGUCGACUUUGCUAAAAAUCCAGAAUAUAAGGCUUUGCUGCAAGAAUCAUAUAAUCAAGCCGUUCUUCAGUCUUUAUAUGGACCUCACCUCGGUGUUAAUUAUCCCAAUUUACCACUAUCAUACAUGUACUAUCCCGGACAUCCAACAUUUGGCAUGCCAAUUCCAUGUGAUUUAGAUAGAAGUCACGUAUCUAAAACAGAUAGUGGUAAAGAGGCGGGUGAACAUUCAGAAAAAGAAAAGAUUGUCGAGAAAAUAAAAAACACAAUCGAUGUGAAUGAGAACAGUAACGAAAGUAUGGCCAGUAACAUCGAAGUUGAAAACUAA